GCGUCUGGCUGCGAGAGCAGAAGAGCCAUGCGCUGGUUCGGCGAAAGGAGCAAGUCGGUGGACGAAGGCGGCGGCGCGGCGGGCACCGGAGACAGCGGCAUCUUCAGCAAACUGCACCUGCCGGUGUCGGGGUGCUGGCCGCCGCUGCCGUCCGCUGUGAAGCUGGACUCGCUGCUGACGUGCCCCUCCCUCAGCCUCAACGUCAGCAUGCCCUCCUCGCUCAGGACACGCAAGGGCUGGUGCGGCUGUCUGCAGGAUGCCGAGCCGCCAGAGAUCACGUACUGCGUGGUGGAGCAGGCAGGCACGCUGUCGCUCACUCCGACCCAGCCCAUGCCUGCCCCAGAGGAGCUGGACGCCAAGUUUGCAGAGCUCGUGGAGGAGCUCGACCUGACGGCACCGAACAAGGCGGCGAUGCUGAGUUUGCCUCCGGAGAAGAAGUGGCAGAUAUACUGUAGCAAGAAGAAGGACCAGGAGGGAGAAACGGACCUGUCUCACUUGCCGGAGCACUACAUAGAGCGCGUCAAGGCUCUCGCCAUGCUUCAAUUUCCAACAGUGGACGCAGACGACGAGGUGCGGUCCCGCACGCGGCAGCUGGAUGCACUGAAGACAGCGCUGCGCACCCAGCCGCACAGCUUUGUACUGCGCUUUGUGGAACUGGAUGGUCUGCCUGCACUGCUCUCCUUCCUGGGGGGCAUGGACUACCAGACGGCACAGAGUUCUGUCCACACCUCACUCAUCGGCUGUGUCAAGGCGCUCAUGAACAACUCGAACGGUAGAGCGCACGUACUGGCACAUCCCACAGCUAUCGACACGAUAGCGCAGAGCCUGAGCACGGAGAAUGUCAAGACGAAGAUUGCCGUGUUGGAGAUCCUCGGUGCUGUGUGCCUGGUGCCUGGUGGGCACCGCAAGGUGCUGCAGGCGAUGCUCCACUAUCAAGUGUAUGCAGCCGAGCGCUCACGCUUCCAGGGCAUAGUGAAUGACUUGGACAGGAGCACAGGCAUAUACCGUGAUGAAGUGAACUUGAAGACAGCCAUAAUGUCAUUUGUGAAUGCCGUCCUCAACUACGGGCCCGGCCAGGAAAACCUCGAGUUCCGUUUGCACCUGCGCUACGAGUUCCUCAUGCUCGGCAUCCAGCCCGUCAUUGACAAGCUCAGGGGCCACGAGAAUGAGACACUGGAUAGGCAUCUGGACUUCUUUGAGAUGGUUCGAAAUGAAGAUGAGAAAGAGUUGGCCAGGAAAUUUGAAAAGGAGCACAUAGACACAAAGAGCGCGACGGCAAUGUUUGACCUGUUACGUCGCAAGCUGAGCCACACGGCAGCCUAUCCCCACCUCCUGUCAUUGCUCCAUCACUGCAUUCUACUGCCAUUGGACUACGGUUCCCAUCCACAACACUGGCUGCUGUUUGAUCGGAUAGUGCAGCAGCUGGUCCUCCAAGGGGAAAACUGCAACAACCCUGAUGUGGCUCCUCUCCAGAUCAACGUCAAAGAGCUGGUGCACUUGCUCGCAAAGGAAGAAGAGUUGGUGGCUGCAAGGAACAGAGCAGAUGAACUGGAGAAGGAAAAUGCAUUUCUCGCCUCACGGUUGGCCAAGAAGGAGCAGGAACUGGAUCUCCGACUGCAAGAAAAGGAAGACAUGGAGACAAACUUACAGAGAGUCAAGGAGAGGCUCGAGAAGGAGACGGCAGCCCACCUAGAGGUGAAGCAGCGCUGCUUGGAGCUGGAAGACCGCGCCUGUGAGCUGGACCGGCAGCUCGCCUCGGAGAGGGGGGAGAGGCACCGCCUGGAACGGCUCGUCAGCUCGGGGUCGCUGCCAGAUGACGCCAAGGUGGUCGGGCUGCGCUCGGGACUCGGGGACGGCUACGACAACCGACUCGCCCCGACAACGCCCCCGGAUGGCAGUGGCAGCCCUGCACCCCCACCGCCACCCCCACCUCCAUUGUCUGACACCCCAGAGCAGACACAGUGUCUCUCCUCCUCAGUUCCUCCCCCACCACCCCCUCAGGCUCCCCCAACUGCACCUCCACCCGUACCAGUACCCCCUCCCACACCUCGGCCAGAGAAGAAUGUGCCACAGCCUUCCAACCCACUUAAGUCGUUCAACUGGUCGAAGCUGCCAGAUGCCAAAGUCACGGGCACUAUCUGGUCAGAACUGGAUGACAGCAAGCUGUACAUGGCAAUGGACCUCGAGAGCAUAGACAAGCUUUUCUGUGCCUAUCAGAAGAAUGGGAUUACAAAUGAAGGCUCUGUAGAAGAUCUAUCAAAGCUGGGCAAGAACCGCACAAAAGUCAUCUCAGUAAUAGAUGGUAGACGUGCCCAGAAUUGCACCAUCUUACUGUCCAAGCUUAAAAUGUCAGACGAAGAAAUUUCUAGAGCCAUACUAAGCAUGGACAGCAGGGACCAGCUCCCAAUCGAUAUGGUGGAGCAGCUGCUCAAGUUCACGCCAUCAGCAGAAGAGGCUGCUCUGCUGGAAGAGCACGCAGAGGAGAUUGACAGCCUGGCACGAGCUGACCGCUUCCUGUACGAAAUAUCAAAGAUUGGCCACUACGAGCAGCGGCUAAGGAGCCUGCACUACAAGAAGCGCUUCACAACAUCGGUGUGCGAGCUGGAACCACGCGUGAGGGCAGUGCUGGAGGCCUCGCGGGAGGUAGCACGGUCGCGGCGCCUGCGGCGUCUGCUGGAAGUGGUGCUGGCAUUGGGCAACUACAUGAACCGCGGUGCACGUGGCAAUGCCCGUGGCUUCCGCCUGGCCUCCCUGAACAGGCUGGCCGACACACGGUCCAGUGCAGCUCGCGGCACUACCCUGCUGCACUACCUCGUGGAGGUGCUCGACAAGAAGUUCAAAGACAUUCUGAAACUGGAUGAAGACCUCCCUCAUGUAAGGGAAGCUGCAAAAGUGAGUAUGGGGGAACUCGAGAAGGACAUGUCGGCGCUGAGGGGAGGCCUGAAGGAGGUGGAGCGGGAGAUCGAGUUUCACCGAUCGCAGGCAUCUGUGGUGCCAGGAGACCGCUUCCUGCCCGUCAUGAGGGAGUUCCUGUCCUCUGCCACCUGCCGCUUCUCGGAACUCGAGGACCUCUUCCAGGAUAUGAAGACACGGUUUGACCGGGCUGUCCGGCUAUUUGGAGAAGAUAAUGCUGCGUCAGUACAGCCAGAUGAGUUCUUUGGUAUCUUUGAUGCCUUCCUGAAUGCAUUCAAUGAAGCUCAUCAGGACAAUGAGAAUCUCCGAAGACGGAGGGAGGAAGAAGAAAGGAGAGCAAUACAGGAAGCAGAAUUGAAAAAGCGCACAAUAGAACGCAAGAGCUCUCGGGAAAGCAUCCUAGCUCGAGUAGGUUCUUCACUCCGUAACGGCCUGAACAAUGGCACUGUACCCGGCCCUGAUGGCCGGAUUGCCAUAGGUCUGCGGCGCCGUGAGAGUGAUUCAGCAGCCAAGGGGGAGUUUGACGAUCUGAUAUCGGCCCUACGGACUGGAGAUGUCUUUAGUGACGAUGUUGCCAAAUUUAAGCGCAGCCGCAAGGCUCGAAUGAACGGAUCGCCUCCCGGAUCGUCUGUGGACGGUGGUCGAGAGAGAGUUGUGACCGCUGUCGGUGGCAAUACGCGCCUUGGCCAGUAGGACCUACACGGAUGCCCUGUGAAGAGCAUGCGGUCUCAGGAGAGGAAACAGGGAUCAACAUAAUCCAGCACAUGCCAUGGCAAUGGUUUUCCUGUCCAGAAUACUGUGGUGGAAAAUGGAUUGCUUCAUCAUACAC